AAACAUUUAAACCAAACAUUCCACUCUGGCGAAACAAAAUAAUCCCAUCUGCUUCAUUGGAGAAUACUUCGUAUAGUGCUAUUAUAUCAUCUCCAGUUAGACCGCUCUGUUUAGUGAUCUGUUUUUCUCGUCGUUCUUUUCAUUUUGUUGGCUUCAUAGAGGUUGGCGGUUAAUUUUGGAAGAACACCAUAACAACAACUUGAACUACAACUUGAUCAAGUCGUUGACAACUGGAAACCUCUCUUCACAGAAGCUCGAGUGUGGGCUCCCCUAAGUGUACUAUCUGAGGCUCAUCAGAACUUCUGUCUUCUCAAUUAGGCUGUGAUUUAAGCUUGGUACUGUCGUCAACACUGAAUCGAUCAUUCCAUGUCCACUGACACUACAAGACCUCGUCGUCAGAGCUUCCAACACAAGGCUCGGUCUAAGGAGGUGAGAUUUGGAUCUUAUAUUCUAGGCUCAACUUUAGGUGAAGGAGAGUUUGGUAAAGUUAAACUGUGUUGGAGGAAGGACGGGAAACAGCCAUCACAAGUAGCCAUCAAAUUCAUUCGCCGUGAGUCGAUUCCAAGGGGCUCUGAAAGGGAAUCGAAAGUACACAGAGAGAUUAAUGCAUUGAAAAGAUUGACACAUCCAAACAUCAUUAGAUUGGAAGAGGUGUUACAGAAUGACAAGUACAUCGGUAUCGUACUGGAAUACGCGUCGGGUGGUGAAUUGUUCGACUACAUCUUACAACACAGAUAUUUAAAGGACUCACUAGCGUGUAGAUUGUUUGCACAGUUGGUGAGCGGUGUUUAUUAUAUGCACUCUAAAGGGAUUGUGCAUAGAGAUUUGAAGCUGGAGAACUUGUUGUUGGAUAAACAUAAAAAUAUCGUCAUCACAGAUUUUGGGUUUGUCAACUCGUUCACUUCAGAAUCUGAACUGAUGAAAACAUCAUGCGGCUCUCCAUGCUAUGCUGCGCCCGAAUUGGUGAUAUCUAAUGAACCGUAUGAGGCGAGAAAAGUUGAUAUUUGGUCCUGUGGAGUAAUUUUAUAUGCAAUGCUUGCUGGAUAUUUACCGUUUGAUGAUGAUCCGCAAAACCCAGAUGGCGAUAACAUUGCAAGAUUGUACCAAUACAUCACAACAACUCCAUUGACAUUUCCAGAGUACGUGGAACCAAUGCCCAGGGACUUGCUAAGAAGAAUAUUAGUUUCUAAUCCGAAAAAAAGACUGAACUUGAAAGAGAUUCGAAGUCAUUCUUGGUUGGUUUCACAUGCACCAUUCUUAUCAGUGACACCAGCUGAGUGGGAUGAGAACAUCAGAACUGCCAAUAAGGUAGAGUCUAUGGCCUUCGCACAACAACGUUUUAAGGACAAGUCUACAUCGAAAAACGAUUAUAGAAGAUACUCUCUUAUUGAAAGCGUCCCAUCUCUUCAUUCCCAUAAUAGCAACAGUGGAACUAACCAACAGAUGUUAUAUUCGAACCCAUUACCCCCGCAAACGUCCUCAAGUCAUGCAAUGGCUAUACCGUCUUCUGCUUCGUCAACAUCUAUUCAAGAACAGCUGAAGAUUGGGACUCCGAAAGGUCAUACAAGAACUAAUUCAGUACAGUCAUAUACAUCUGCGUCGUUGGCAUUGCAGGCAGUUGUCGAUGCAGAUGAGAUAAGAAACCACUCUUCAUCUCCGCCAUUACCGUCCUCUUCUUCAGCAUACGGAUUGGACAGCUUUGUGCGUCAUAAUAGCGAUACAAAGAUCAAAGGUAAUAUUCCAAGGUCAACGACACAUACAGGUAUAGCAAAUUUGUCCAACUUUUCUAGGGAACAACAACAGGGAAUUUCUACCAUUGAAGAAUCCCCAGCAAAGACUGGGAAACAUGUACAAGGUUCAGAUGUACACACAGAUUUCAUCGUACCAAAGAUACCAAUGAAUUCGAAUAACUAUCAUCAAGCCAUUGGUACACAGAAGCUACCAGGUCCAAAAGGAGGCAGAAGACCAAGACCAACUUCGUAUCAUCCAGGUUACUAUUCCACUGGGAUGUCACAAGAUCAACCCGAUUACCGAAACUCUACACAAAUGGCUAACCAAGUUUCCACAACUCAAUUUGGAAGAUCCGAAUCCACGAAUUCUGUGGCAUCAUUGGCAAAUCAAAAGAUAUCUGCUCCGUCUGUUGAAUUGGUACAAGCUGAAGGUGACAUUACCAGUCCAAAAUCUCCCCUGAUGAGUGCAAAGACAUUCAACGGGAUUGAAACUUCAGAGAAUCACGAGAAUUUCUGUGUUGAUGCUAUAGAGAAAUCACAGGCAGACUUAUCAUCUUCGUCAAUAUCUCAAAAGAAGCAGAAUAGAUAUUCAGCCGUGAUCGCUGCAGAAGUGUUGAUGGAGAAACUGUUCAAUACAGGUGAUAUUCAUACUGCCAAUGAUGGUGAUCUAUCCAAAUUGGAUUCACACAUAUCUAAUGGGACCAAGUCCAAUAUCUCUACAACUACCAAGGAUACAUCUGUUACUGGGUCCCCUGAUACCGAGAACCAGCAACUGAGCAGGCCUCCCGCAAAGACCAACUCCAACAGUAGAAACAAAAGAUUUUCCUUUUUGGGAUUUUACUCUGCACAACCGGAUUCCAGAUCUUCCAUCUCUGUUGAUUCCUCUAAUCAGAAAAGAACCAAUAAAAAGAAAGUAUUGGAGCCUUCCAACGGGGCAAACAUCAACAAUCCAAAGAAUGAAGCUGCAAUUCAAUACACUAGUUUUGAACAGAGGAAGGAACCUUCAACUGCUAGGAAAGUUAUGGAUUUUUUCAAAAGAAGAAGCUUACGGAUGUGAUACCAUUGUUUAUGUUUUGGUGCGUGAUGAUGAACAACAUUGUUUUAUUUGGAUUUUCUGUUUCCUUUUUAUAAUGAUUUUACACAACUAUGUCAUAAUGUUUUGUUUUUUUUUAUAUCUUUCUCUUUCCAUUUUUAAAUCUAAUUGAUGAAAUAAUAUUGUUUAUA